AUGAUGCUGUCGUCGAACCCAAUAUCGAGUCCAUGUCGGGCCGACAAGUAUCCGCCACAACUGAUGCGGUUUCUGACAAGCAAGGGUGCAAGUAGGAGCAGCAGGGGAAGGUCACGUUCCAGCCCAAUGUUCGUCAGGAAAAAGAAGGCCGCCGUUGAAACCCAAGAGCCUUCUUCGCCUAAAGUCACUUGCGUAGGUCAGGUUCGUGUUAAACAAACCGGUUCAAAGUCCGGUCCACCUGGAGCACCUACACGUCCCAACAGCCGUUGCAAAUGGAUCACCGAGGCUCUGUUUUGCAUAAUUUCUCCGGGAAAGUCAAGGUCAAGCCUCUUGUUAGACCUCAAGGAAAAUGGGGAAGCAUCUGUUUCGGCUCUUGUGGAAAGCCCACCGCUAGAGAAGAUUUAUCGAAAAUCCAAGGAAAUGAAGAAGGAAGUGAAGCUAAGGUUUUGCGAGUCACCUUUAGCCAGCCAUGGAACAAGUGAAGAAACAGAGCAGAAAACAGAGUAUCUAAAGAAGAAGAAGAGAAAGCCGAUUCAGAGAGAAUUCAUUUGUGAAAACGGAUUCCAAAUGGAAGAAAACCCAGAUUUUUGCAACGAAUUUGAAGAGAAAACUGAAAAUAGUGUAGAACAGAAAGCAGAGCAAAUGGGAAACGUAGGGCCUCUAGUUCUCACAAGAUGCAAAUCAGAACCGGCGAGAACAGCUGCAAGACUCCAUUCUCCAAUGAGUUUCAGGAAGAAGAUAACGUUGGGUUUCACGUGA